AGGAAAAUGAAACAAUGUGCCCAAAAAGUGGGAUCGAAUUUCAAUCUUGUAAAAUUUCAGAGAUAUUCAUAAGACACUCUCCAACUCUCAUGACGAUCAAUGAAGAGAGACGACGUUCCCAAUUCUUUCUGGUGCGACAAAAAUGCGUCACUCAAAGGCUGUGCUCGCAAUGCAGGUGCCAAAGGGAUCACACCAAUGCGUCGCAUCGCCAGAGGCAAGCGUGUUUUUGCACGGAAGCAACACAUGAAGAGCUCAAAAACAAGCACGAACGUAAAUGAGGUGACGGUCGAGAGAACAGCGGAAAAAUUACCCACACACCAUUUUCCGCUUUUCAGUAAACUGUAUUUUUGAGUAGUGCUUUAUUUGUGAAAGCGGGCAAAGUGAGCCCUAACAUCACCACGUGUUCGAGUCAAGGUGCCUUUGCCUCAAAAAUGAUCGGGAUUCAUUUCGUGAGCUCUUUCAUACUGCUUCAACCUCUACUAGUUUGGACGCAAGCGCUCGAGCAAAAAGUGUUGGUGGUGCCAGAUGACGCCCGAGAGGCAAUCAGUGAUCAGAAACACCCAUUGGACGGUCGUCGCGAUGCAAAUACAGAUCUCUCCAAUGAGUUAUACCUCGAGGACGAGACAUCAGAACAGACGAGACUUGAACCGAGAGGGUUGUGGAAUUGGCAUGCGGACGUAUGCGAAUGGAAGGUGCUGGGAAGGGCGCGGCAAUUCCGUCGGGAAGGCUGGGAGAAGUGUCGCGCGGAGUGCGAAAAAAAGGACCCGAGCUUGGUGGGCUACUGCCGCCGUUUCCGACUCCACAAGAACAAGUGCUCCUGUCACCCCAUCGAUGACCUCCCUUUCAGACUCCGAAUCCGGCUCCAGUGGUUGCUCCGCGCUUGCCACGGUUCUGUCGACCUCAUCACGGGCGAAGUCGGGCCGUACACUCGUCGCCUCCUCCACAGGUAUAACUCGGAAGUCAUCCAGGCCGGAGUUCCGCAGCCGUUCCCUAUGCUGUAUAAUCCGAAGAAGAUUACGGUACGCCAGCAGCGUCGCAGAAAGCGGACCGGGCACCCGCUUACUGCCAAUCUCGUACCCCCACACCCGUCUGGCACCGGUCCCGUGUACCUUCCCCAACCCGUACUCCCGCACGGGGUCAUGCCUCAACCCGUACCCCCGCACGGGGUCAUGCCUCAACCCGUACCCCCGCACGGGGUCAUGCCUCAACCCGUACCCCCGCACGGGGUCAUGCCUCAAUCCGUACCCGCGCACGGGCAACUGCCCCACCCCGUACCUCCGCAGGGGCACCCACCCGGGACGGCGCCCAGUACGGUGCCGGGGAAAAAAAAACAGGGCAGAUUAGCGAGAUUUUGGUUCGGAACGGACGAAACAGGAACGGGGCCGCAGAAAAAAAAACAGAGCAAAUGGUCAAGAUUUUGGUUCGGACCGGAGAAAAAAGGAACUUAAUUGCAACCAAGUUUCCGUUCCUCUUCCCGGAGGAUUUUAUGCCAUUUAAACCUAUGGUAAAGAAUCGAUUAUUAUGGUGUUCGCUGCGAACACCCUGUUUAUCGAUCCUUUUCCAGAGGCUUAAAUGGCAUAACAAUCGAUAUAUCGCAGAGCACGCCACGCCACUGAUCCCGAUGUUGCAAACUUUCCUUACAAAAUGAUGAUCUGCCAGAAUAAAGUGUGACCGUCCUCAAGAUGAAAAAACAGGUAGGGGGGGGGGGAUUUGCAGCGACGGUUACAAUUACAUUCUUGAAAUAGGUGACAAUACCAUUUUUAAAAAAAGUAACAGUCCUGGAUAUUAUUCUGAAGCAAACCAAAGCAGUCGCAAGAAAUCUCCAAAAUCAUUUGCAGUAGAAUUAAAUGUAUGCAUCUACUUGUUUUUUCAUCGUUUAUCGAAGGUUUACUCUCUCUGACCUAAUACUUAAAAUAGAUAGUAGGUGCAACGUGAAAAUCGAGAGUCAAUAGGAACGUUUAGACAUCAACACGGAGAAAAAAACUUCGUGCAUGGGACCCGAAGUUGAGGUCAUAUGGAUCUCUGAAGUUUU